AUGGUCGCUUUCUCCAACCUAGCCCUCGCGGCUCUUGUCAGCUACGCCACUGCUCAUCCUGGCGAGAAGCAUGAUUCGCACAAGAUGAAGCGUGAGAUUGUAGCCCGUGACAAUGCGGCUCAACUCGGCGCUCGAUCGCUGGCUUCAUGCUCGAACUCGGCUUCCGCUCAGGCACUCAAGGCGCGCUCGAUCAAGCGCCGUGCCGAGACUGUUAAUAAAAUCCGACAGCAGCGCGGCAUCCAGACCACCGCGAGAAAAAACAAGCGAGACCUCGCGGAUCUCCAGGCCUGGGAGAAGGUCAACCACAACAUGACGGGAACAUAUGACUACGACAUGUUCACUUCACUCGAGGAGGUCUUCAGUGGAAACACGAGCUGUAUCUUGGCCCCUGAAAUCACCGGUGGACCGUACUAUGUUGUAGGCGAGAAGAUGCGAUCCAACGUCAAGGAGGCCAAGUAUUGUGACGGUAUCGACUUAUUCCUCGAGGUCCAGUACAUCGACGUCAACACCUGCGAUCCCAUGCCUGCCGUCGCGGUUGAUAUCUGGAAUUGCAAUGCCACCGGUGUCUACAGCGGUAUCUCUACCAACGGAAACUACGCCGAUGGUGGAUACAACUCUACUUACCUCCGAGGAGUCCAGUUGACGGAUGGCGAUGGUGUCGCCAGCUUUGAGACAAUCUUCCCUGGUCACUACGGUGGACGUGCCGUCCACACGCACUUGUUGUCGCAUACCAAUGCUACGGUCAUGCCCAACGGUACUAUCUCCGUGUGGAAUGCGCCGGUUAGUCACAUCGGACAGCUAUUCUGGCCCGAGGACCUACGCGUCGAAGUCGAGGCGACGUAUCCGUACAACACCAACACAGUGGAAGUAACCACCAACGACGAAGACAUGUGGUCCAUCAUCCAGGCUGACGAGUCGUUCGACCCUAUCCCGCAAUUCGUCUACCUCGGCGACUCCAUCGAGGACGGCCUAUUUGCGUGGAUCCAGAUCGGCAUUAACGGCUCUGCUGACUACAACGAGGACGAGUACUACGGAGUUGCCGCAUACCUUGAUGCUGAGGGUGGCCACUCGACUGGCUUCACCAUCGGUGGCGGUGGAGGUGGCAACGGAACUGGCCCUGGUGGAAAUGGGACUGCUCCUAGUGGAUUCCCGAGCGGUUCUAUGAGCGGUGGUCCUCCUUCUUCUACCAGCGCUUAA